UUUCUCCUGUCGUCUCGCGAAUGUGUAAAGUUACAAAUUAGUGCUCGCGAAAUUCUUCAACAAUUUGUACAUUUUCGUUGCGUUUUAGCAUACUGGUGCACUUCCGUCUUAUGUCUGGCAGUCUAUUGCACGAUUUGUUGGUGUUUUUGAUCGGGAAGCGAACGUUACGAAACGUAGUAUCUAGUGUGCGACCUUGAACAUACACGAAACAUACGAAUCGCAUCCGAGUCAGUCUCGUGGUGCUACUCAAUCGGUGGAUUGAAACUGAAGAGGUGUCUGGUUGUGUGGGCAUUGUUGAAAUAAACCAGAAGCAGAUAGUGAACCCAGUGAGCUUGAGCUUGAUAUUUGUGUUGUGUGGGAAACGAAAAGCAGCGUAAACGUACCGUCGUCGGUUUUGGUGGUGUUAACAGGCAGGCCAGUGAUAAAAGUGUGAAACCAAAAAGCAUGCUCUUGAAAUGUGCAACUUCACCGCUUAGACGAGUUCCUUCGAGCCAAACCGGAACUGGCAACGGCUCCGCCGCGGACGUUGGCAGCCUGCUAGGAUCGACGGACUCGGGAAAGGGCGCUGGCAGCGGAGGAAAAGGCCGAGGAAAAAACGUUCGCAAUGGUACCAGCGGAGGGGGCGCUACGGCCGGAACAGUAAAACUAACCGUCAGUCCCAGCGCGACCCUUGCCUCCAAACUGCACAGAAAAGUAUUACGGGUGCCCUCGAAGCGCAUUCCCGGCAAAGUUCACCCCGGUAAGCUCGCAUCGGUGGCCUGCAAACUGACGGCCGCCAAGCAGCGACUUCACCAACAGCAACUGCAACAACAUCAGCAGCAGCAAAGCCAACAACAACUGCAGCAACAGUUUAACUUGCAGCAGCAGCAGCAGCAGCUUCCGCUGCAGCGACCCUCCGCAUCAACCGCCAGCGUCAACAACUGUGAUAACUCCAACGACUCCGGUCUUGGAUUCGACCGAAGUCUCGAUAGUGCCCUCAGUGCCCAAUUCCAUUCGAAUCAUACCUCAACGAUUGCCGGCAACGGCGCCAUUGGCGGCCGGCUAGUUCAUCACAACAGAGUACUGACCUCAUCCCUGGGCCGUCCCAUGAACCGAUUGCCGGGCAAACGACCGCCGCUACUGUCGUCGCUUGGCGGCGGAAGCGGCGCAAGCAGUGCUGCCGAAGGAACUUUCAGUAAUUCCGGUGUCGUCACGCUGCAGUCCAUGUUGGGCUGCUCGUCCCGGGAUGGUAAGAUACAGCUGCAAAUCCUGACACAACCGGAGCAGCAGCACCGAGCACGCUACCAGACCGAGGGCAGCCGGGGAGCCGUGAAGGAUCGCAGUGGCAACGGGUUUCCGGUGGUGCGGUUGGUCGGUCACACGAAACCCACCGUGCUGCAGGUAUUCAUCGGAACGGACGUCGGUCGGGUAGCUCCGCACAUGUUCUACCAGGCGUGCAAGGUGUCCGGCAAGAAUUCCACACCAUGCAACGAACGGAAGCUCGAGGGUACCAUGGUUAUCGAGGUGGAUAUGAAGCCCGAGAACGAGAUGACCGUGACGUGCGAUUGUGUUGGGAUCCUGAAGGAACGGAACGUCGACGUGGAGCAUCGGUUUCCCGAUCAGAGUGGACCUCGUGCCAAGAAAAAGUCCACUCGCUGCCGGAUGGUGUUUCGAGCGGUAAUCAAGCACGAGGAUGGCAAUGUGGAAACGUUGCAAGUGUGCUCGCAGCAGAUCGUUUGCACUCAACCACCGGGCGUACCGGAAAUCUGCAAAAAGUCGCUCGUUUCCUGUCCCGCCGACGGGGGCCUGGAAAUGUUCAUUGUCGGAAAGAACUUCCUGAAAGACACCAAGGUGGUAUUCCAGCGGCGCAAAGCUCCUCUCGGGUCCGGUUCGGUGCCCAUCAGUGUCAUACCGUGGGAGCAAACGGUCAUCCCGGACAAAGAGUAUUUACAGCAGACGCAUCUAAUCUGCACCGUACCGCCGUACGUCCGGCAGGAUAUACAGGAAUCUGUGGUAGUACAAGUUUUCAUCGUUUCCGCCGGCAAGAAGAGCGAAACGCACAAUUUCACCUACACUCCGAAGGGUGUGCAUACGGCACUGACAGCGGCCACCACAUCAGCGGCGCCCAUCGGGGGUAGUUUCUUCGGGUCGCUGACGAGCGCAGGCGGAACGGCCGACCCGAUCGCCGCCGGUACCGAGGCUAGUGGAGCGGCGGGAGGUUUAACGAAUGGUAGUGUUGCAGCGGCCGGCAAUGCCGCAGGAACUGCCGGCUUUGCUCCUCUGAACUCUAGCUUUGGUAGCAACCCGAGCGAAGAUAUCGCAGCGUCGUCGAGCGAUUCCAGCGGUGUCGUCAAGAAGCCACUGUUCCUUUGGGGUUCGCAGCUAAGUGCAGCGCAGGACGAGCUGGAUACCGGUAUGAUGCCACCGCCGGUCAAUGUGAUGCCAAUGGUCGGAACCGGACGUCGCUCCUCGCUGUUGGGAGAACAGCUGAGCAUGUCCUCACCGCCCAAUUUCAAAGCGGAACUCAUUGACGAGAACAGUCGAAGUCCGCACGAUGAAGAAUCGCUCGAACGGUUCCCCGACUCGACCGACAACUCGAUAGAUAACAGUCAUAUUCUCUACCGAAGACGAAGUGUUCGGCAGCCCAGUAUGGACCUAAUGGAGGAUAGCUCCAGCAUGUCCAUGCUGGUUAACGAAAACAGUGCAAUGGAUAUCGGGUCAGUACCUGGCGGGAUGGUCGGUUUCCGAAGUGGGCUAAGCACACUGAUGGAAACGAACGAGAUCAGCAAUUCGGCUACUUCACCGUCACUAGCUGUUGAACUGAAGGUGAUGGAUCUAUGUAUUAAGCAAGAGCAACAACAACAGCAGCUGUCUGCCACGGCAAGGAGUCAAAUUGAGCAAAUGAUUGCGAACAGCAGCGGUCUGGGAAGUUUGAACGAAGUCAACCAAAUCAAAGCUCAGCUCAACGUGGAAGGCAUGCUAAAUGCCGCCGUUCAGCAGGGCUCGCUGGAGAAACAAGCUAUUGAAUCAACAUUGGCUUCCAUGGUGGGUGGACAACAGCAGGCCGCAAUGUUGGAGAUCAGCUCCGUCGUAUCGUUGUCCGCUAACGCUGGGGGAGUACACUCUCCGACCGUACCGACUGCUCCAGUACUGCACGGUGAUAUCAACAACACACAUUCACCCCUUUCCCAGGAUGUGAUGCUGAACGCGCAAAGUUCGAUAGCAGUCGGUUCGCCAGCGAACAUCGUCUUAUCACCAGCAUCGACGGCGACUUCCAGCGACGUCAGUCCCCACCCGCACUCUUCCAUUUCACCUGAAAUCAUUCUCAACCCGACGGUUUCUCCCUCAUCAAUGAUAUGUUCACCUUCGAAUGCAACCGUUGCAGCUACGGCAGCGGCUGCCGUUGCUGCAGCCGCAGCUAUAUCCGAAGACGCCGGACUCCUGACGAACCAAGUAUUCAACAAUAUGGCCGCUGUAGCGGCUAACAUGAUCGAACAACAACCGAAAGAAACCACCCAAGUUGUGAAGGAUAUCAUCCUCAAUGCAGCAGCCGAAAUUCUUACCUCCCAAGAGCCUUCCGUAACCACUCAAUCCACGAUCAACGCGCUGAUCUCGAUGAAUGCCCAGGAAAUGAUGACAACCUCAUGUCAGCCCCAAUCUCAAGUUAUUAUGUCCCAACCGAACCUUCUACCUCAGUGCCAACCUCAGGCGUCUGCGAUGGCUUCCAAUGCCAUCAGCAAUGCGCUACAUCAACAGCAGCAAAUGGUACAAACGUUGAUCAACGAAAGCAUCCAACAUCAACAACAUCAGCAGCAGCAAGAACAGCAGCAACAACAACAACAACAACAGCAGCAGCAACAACAAGCAGCCGAAUCUCUUAUGUUAAACUUAGCAACAACUCAUCAGAAUCUACACGCAUCACCCGGAGCGCCCGAGCAGAUGGAGAUCGGAAACCCGAUCCUGCCAUCGUCGGUUCCCAGCCAACAACCACCGCAGCAACCGAUGGACACGACGGCACCCCUUUCCAACCCGGUAGCAGCAGUACUGUCCCAACAAGAGUCCCAACAAACCUCGCCUCCACAACAGCAGCACCUGGCAGCGUCCUUGACGUCUGGACAAGUCGUUCAGCAAAUGAUAGUCGGUGAUCAGGAUCGACAGCCACUUCAACAGCAGCAGCAGCAGCACCAGCAGCAACAACAACAGCAGCAGCAGCAACAACAACAUGCAGCAGCAGUAGCAGCCGCCAGUAUACCUCAGGAGUUGACCAGUAUGUCGGACAACGAUCUCAUCAGCUAUAUCAACCCGAGUGCAUUUGAUGCAGUAUAAUACUUGAUAAUUUUAGACGUAGAAAAAUUCAGUCCCGCCUUCUAGCUGUAACAGAGAGGAGUGCGUGCGUAACGUGCGGUUCACCCAAGUGCAGCAGCAGCAGCAGCUGGAAGUGGCAGUUAAACAAAGAUUUGGACAUGAUGAAAAACCUCAAUCACACACACUGUCAGACACAUGCCCACGCACACACACACACGCAUCAACCAACCGCUCCUCGUGUGCGCCUUCCCAUCUAUUUAUUUAGCCGUAACCGAAAGCAGUGGCAAGCAGUGAUCUUAAGGAGGAAUUAGCAACCACAGAGAGGACACGCAGCAUGCAACAAACGCAUGGGGGACAGAGCGAGAGAGAGAGAGGAUAGAGAGUAUAUUAUUCGCAAAUUAUUUUUUGUUUAAACUAAGACUUUCGUUAUCGUACAUUGUACUUUACUGUUACAAUAUUUGUAGUAUCUGAUAGAUUUUUGCUCCGUAUUCAAAGAAUACCGGAGGCCAUCGCUCGUAUCUAUUUAUAUAUCAAGUCAAGAUAUUGUGAACGUCAGUGAGCCAGUUUUGCAGCAGCACUACACCUGCACUAUGGAUGAAUAUUUAUAUCAAGUAAUUUUUUAGCUUUUUCUCAGUGUGUCUUUUCAAAUUUGGCAAUUUUGAAUAGAAGAAAUGCAUCCCAUUCAGAAAAUAUGCACAAUUUUGCGAAAAGGGGCACGUAUUGUCCGCUGUGUGGCAAAACGGGAGUUCGAUUUCUAAAAUCAUGGUCUAGUGUCUACACAGUUUAAACCACAAAAUUUUUAGCCUUAUGACAGUGUCUAAACGAACGUAAAAUGAAGGGGAAUUUUUUAACUUAUGAAUGUUAAGGAAAUUUUUACUAGUGGAUUUUUCCUGUUUAUUAUGAUAUCAGACAAGUCGCGCGAAGUCGUGUUCGUGUGGCACAAAAACAAACCGAACAGAUGAGGGCAAACACAUUACUAGUAACACUAUUAAUAACCUACACCACAGACUGCCAUACAGAGUUUUAGGGAAGAAAAACGUAUACAAAUUAUUAGCAACGAAUAUAAAUGUUCUUAAAGUCUACUAUUACAACGUAUAUAAUAGAAUUAAACAAAGUCCAGUUCAAGUCGCGCGCGUCACACUACUGACCGGCAAACAAAAUUAAAAUGCAAAGCAAAACAAAAAAGAGGGAAACGAUAUUAUUGCAUCCGGUUUUAGUUCUGUUCUUCGAUUACAUCGCGCCGUUAAUUCAGGUCUGUCAUUUCUUAAUUGUUCAAUCGAUGAUUGCUACAUGACAGGAUUCCACAGAGUUGCCCGAAGCCGAAUACCUGUAUAGAUAAGACUACUACUAUCAGAAUACAGUCAGUUGAUUGCCAUCACCCUCUCGAUUCGAGUAGAAGGAAAAAGUUUAAAACUUUUGUUGACACAUUGGAGGAGGAAAAGAAGCAUGGAAGCAAAUUAGAACCGCAAGUUUUUACAUUAUACAACAGAAAACAGGAGCCGUGUACCUUUGGUAGGGAACGAAACAGACGACAGGCAGGCAGGUAGUAGACAGACGUUCGCAAGAUAGCGAUAGAAGAGAUAAAGGAACGCCUAAAGAGACAGAGAGAGAACACAGGUGAAGUCUUUACAGUAAUCGUUUUUUGCUAUUGAAAUAUUUCUAUAUUGAUGUACUUCGAGAGAUUGGA